AUGAUUUCUAUUAAUUCUAAAAGAUUAUAUCAUCAUUCAAUUCCUGUCAUGUCUACCUCUAAUAAUAACAAUACUUCCACAGGAAUCAAUCCAUCUUCUACAACUUCUACUACUAGCACUACAACAACAACAGGUGAUGAAAAAUCAUCAUCCAGUAGCAGCACCAAUAACAGGGGUGGUAAUAAUAACUCAUCGAACAACCAAGAACCUCCAAAGAAGAAGAAAAAAGGUUACAUAAAAAAAUUCUUCAAAUAUUUCUUGUUGGGUGCCGCAACAACAUCCACCAUACUACUAAUACUAGGAUCCUUCUUUAAUUAUCUUGACAUGACCGAUAUCAAUGAUGACUUUUUAGUAGACUUGGAGGAACAAAAACAAUUACACCAACAACCAGAAAAGCAAACCUUUUUACAAUUAUUAUCAAAGGCUAUUCCAACAAACUUUAUAUCAAGAUGUUGGGGUAAUAUCGGAAGCACAGAACUUCGUCCAGAAAUACUUAGACCAUUGGUAUAUAAUGCCUAUGGUUGGUUUUAUAAUGUAAAUAUGGAAGAGAUUGAAAAGCCGUUAGAAGAAUAUGCCAGUCUUCAAGACUUUUUCUCAAGAAAAUUAAAACCAACAACAAGACCUUCACUCAGUGUUCAACACAAGAGAAAGAUUCUGAGAAAGAUCCAUCUCGAUGAAAAUGCUGACUUGAAUGAUAUUGAACGUGAAUAUCAAAGAUCACUAAUGGUUUCUCCUGUCGAUGGUACAGUUGCAAGAUUUGGUACAUUAUCUGUUGAACUUGACCAAUUGGAUGAAACCUAUGAACAUAUUUACCUUCCACAAGUUAAAGGUGUAACUUAUUCAAUGCAACAAUUAUUACAAAAGGAAAAGUCACAAAACAUUACAUUUAACAAUCACUUUUCUGUAUUUUCAAAGCGUAAUGGAUAUCAACCACAACAAGAUGAAGAAAUUACUAUUGGAGAAGAAUAUUCGGAACAUGAUCAAGCUGCUGUAUCGAACAACAAUCAAAACACAAAGCAAAAGAAACAAUUACAUUAUUGUGUAUUAUAUUUGGCUCCUGGUGAUUAUCACAGAUUCCACAGCCCUUGUGAUAUGACUGUAGAGUCAAGAAAACAUAUUUAUGGUAAACUUUAUCCUGUCAUGCCUCUCUAUUUGAACAAGUAUCCUAAUUUGUACACACAAAAUGAAAGAGUUGUUCUUAAUGGUAAAUGGGAUUAUGGUAACAUGCAUUAUGUUAUUGUUGGUGCUUUGAAUGUGGGGUCAUGUGUUGUAAACUUUGAUAAUUCUUUGAGAACCAAUAAGACCAAACCAUCUCAACCAGCCCAACCAACUCAAACUGAAAAGGUUGAACUUGUAGAUAAGAAGACAAAGGAAGAGCACAUCAAGGAUCCAGAACAAGGUGAAGAAGUUGUUGUUUUGUCAAGAAAUUAUGUUCAAGGAGGUCUUUCGAUAGAGAAGGGUGAAGAAUUAGGUUAUUUCAAACUUGGUUCAACCAUUAUCCUCAUUUUUGAAAGCAAUGAAGAAGAUCGCUUAGAAUUCAAUCUUCACAAAGGACAAAAAGUUCGUUUAGGUGACACAAUUCUGCAAAAGAAAAAUGAAUAACUUAUUUUUGCUUUAUUG